GUGAAAAUGAAAAAAAUGAAUUAUUGCAAUAAAAGAGCCUCAAUCGUCAUUCACGUCCAUUUGGAUAAAAAACCGUGCUUGAAAAAGUUCGAGAGAAGUGUAAUUAAAAAAACGGAGGAAUUCCUAUUUGCAAUAUAGUUUUACGAACUAGUUGCCAUCAACAUUUGAAGAUGGUGUCACAAUCGGUCGUGAUUGAAGACAAACAGAAAGAGGUAUCCUGCGACGUCAAAUUGCCGCUUCCCGGCGAAAACAUCACGGAGAACGACGACAAUGUACCUGAUACAACGGCAGAAAAAUCAAAUGGGGGGUUGAAACGUGUCUUUUGGGAUACAUUGGGCCCAGCUAUUAUACUGGCCUUGAUUAUUGUUGUUGCCAUACUUUCUGUACGAAUAUAUGAAAUGGAUAAAGUGAUUGAUGCAAUAAAACACCCCAAUGAAAUUGAGCUGAAACCUAGAAAAAUGAUUGAUCAUGACAAAACCAUUGACCUGACUGCGGAUCUCGACAAUGAUGCUCACGAAAAAUUGAGAUCGAUGGAAAAAGAAUAUGGAAGAGAGAACUGGAAAAGCCAUUGUAGGACCUAUAUACGCUUCGAAAAGCCCUCCUUUCGGUACGAUCGAAAUGAUUUCAAAGAGAGGUAUUAAUGCACACAAACGGACUUGAAUGAGAGAACUGAAAACGUCAUGCCUUUCCAGACUGGAUAAACAUUUCUUAUUUUAAGUAUUAUAACAUACCUUGUCAUCAUUCAUUUUCUGUAAAUAGACACUUUGCG